CUGAAUCACGUGAUCAUCCAACAUGGCUUCUAUUCACUUGCUGAGAAAUUGAAGAUGCUGUACAUUUCUGAAUUUAUUAGUUUAUAGGAAUUAUUUUGGACCUUUCCGAUACCCAAUCAUAAGAAGAUGAAGCUGCGCGUUCAGUUACAAUGCAAGAACCUCCAUGAGUAUCUGAAAGAGUUGAGCCCUGAGAUCUUAGACCGCUUGUACAAUCAUCCGGCCACAUGUCUGGCUGUCUACAGAGAGCUCCCCCCAUUGGCCAAGAAUUAUGUGAUGCGAAUGCUGUUUCUAGACCAACCCCUUCCUCAGGCCGCGGUGGCGCUUUGGGUGAAAAAAGACAGUGAAAAGGACCAUGAUCAGUGUGUCUCUGUGCUGUCUGGUCUCAGACUAUGGCACAGCCAGCAGCUGCAGGGAGGCCUACAGGGAAACAUUCUGAACCCCGUAUUCAAAGACAAUCUGAGAAUAGCAUUAUUGGGAGGGGGUAAGUCGUGGGCAGACCAGGGUGACAGUCUUGGUCCUGACAGACAUGCCCGUGACGUGGAGAGUCUGGAUAAGUAUGCUUUGGAGCGCUGGGAGGUGGUUCUCCACUUCAUGGUGGGCUGUCCCAGUGCUGCAGUCAGCCAGGACCUGUCCCAGCUCCUCAUUCAGGCUGGCCUCAUGAGAACUGAGGCUGGAGAUGCUCCCUGUAUCACCUCAGCUGGUUUCCAGUUCCUCCUCCUGGACACAGCCUCUCAGCUCUGGUACUUCACCCUACAGUACCUCAACACGGCACAGACUCGUGGAAUGGACUUGGUGGAGAUUCUGUCCUUCUUGUUCCAGCUCAGUUUCUCGACUCUAGGCAGGGACUACUCAGUGGAGGGGAUGAGUGAAUCUCUGCUCACCUUCUUACAGCACCUGAGGGAGUUCGGCCUCGUCUUCCAGAGAAAGAGGAAGUCUAGAAGGUACUACCCCACCAGGCUGGCCAUCACUCUGUCUGCUGGCGUCUCUGCCAAUUCUUCCUCCACCGCUAUGGGCGCUGCCCCAGGGACCGGAGAUUCAGGUUUCAUCGUUGUGGAAACCAACUAUCGGCUCUAUGCUUAUACCAACUCUGAGCUGCAGAUCGCUUUGGUGGCUCUGUUUAGUGAGUGUCUCUAUCGCUUCCCUAACGUGGUGGUAGCCCAGGUUACCAGGGAGUCGGUACAGCAAGCCAUCGCUAACGGCAUCACCGCACAACAGAUUCUCCACUUUCUAAGGACCAGAGCACAUCCUGUCAUGCUCAAACAGAACCCAGUGCUGCCCCCCACCAUCACAGACCAGAUCAGACUAUGGGAGCUGGAGAGAGAUCGACUACAGUUUUCUGAGGGAGUGCUAUAUAACCAGUUCCUCUCCCAGGCUGACUUUGAGGUGUUGCGGGACAGAGCUCAGGGCCUGGGCUGCCUGGUGUGGCAGAAUGUGGCUCACAGGGUGAUUGUGGUGUCACCGCAGGGACACGGCGAAGUCAAGAGGUUCUGGAAACGACAGAAGAGUCACACUUGAUAACAGAGGGGGGAAGAAGAGAAGAACAAAGGAUUUUUUUUUUUUUUAAUUGUAUUUUUUUACAUGAAAGGACUUUUUUUGUGUCUUCCUUAGAGGUGACGGUUGCAGAAGGUAUAUGGAGAAGGUAUUCUGAAGAGAAGGUAUAUGGAGAAGGUAUUCUGAAGAGAAGGUAUAUGGAGAAGGUAUUCUGAAGAGAAGAUAUUCUGGAUAUACAGUACUGGGUCUUGAAUUGGACACAGCAGCGCAAUGGCUGUAGCCUGGUGCCAGAUCUGUUUGCGCUCUUACCUACUUUGUCAUUGUCAAGCCAAACAUGGCAAUUCUGUAAGGAGUUGGCAAGGUAAGACUGGCACCCAGGCUACCGUGACUGGUGCUGGGUAGGACAAAAUGGAGAAAGCAAGUGCUUUGUCUCUGUUUUUUGUUGGUGAUAUUGCCAUUGUCUCCUUUUGGGGUUGGUGGGCAAAUAAAAUAAUUUAAAGAAAUGUAUGACUUAGUCUGCAAUACUUAUGCAAUAUGGGGCAGAAGGUAGCAGCAGGUAGCCUAGUGGUUAGAGAGUUGGGCCAGUAACCGAAAGGUUGCUAGAUCGAACCCCCGAGCUGACAAUAGACUACAUGAAGACAUGUCUUUCUGCCCCUGAACAGGGCAGUUAACCCACUGUUCUUAGUCCGUUAAUGUAGAUAAGAAUUUGUUAUUAACGAGUUAAAUAAAAAAAUUAAAAUAACACUUUAUUUUUUUUUACAAGCAUUGAAGUUUGAUGUAUUUCACUGCAGAGGAAAGAGCCAUGCAUUUAAAUGUGGGGAUUUAACAUGCAGGCCUGAUACUAUGAAAUGCAUUUAAUGUUCUCAAUGUUUUAUUUUGUUUUUUUAAAAUACUGUAUAAUUUGAUUAAAUCAAACAUCAAUGGAACCAUUUCAAAA